AUGAUUUCCCGUUGCACGUUUGUCUUCUUAUUUUUUGUACUUGGCAAGCAUUUUCUCGUCGAUGGCCUCGGCUGCAAUUGGGGAACUCGCGCCACGCACCCUCUCCCUGGUAAUAUAGUCGUCAAGCUGAUGAAAGACAAUGGAUUUAACAAAGUGAAGCUAUUCGAAGCUGAUCCCCUGGCUUUGCGGGCUCUUGGGAGAUCCGGAAUCCAAGUCAUGGUCGGGAUUCCCAACGACAUGUUAGCAUCUUUGGCCGGUAGUGUUUCGGCUGCUGAGGAAUGGGUGUCGCGAAAUGUUUCUUACUAUAUAUCCAACAGGGGAGUGGACAUAAGGUAUGUUGCUGUUGGAAAUGAACCAUUUCUCAAGACUUACAACAAUCAAUUUACAAGAACAGCAUUUCCAGCACUUCAGAAUGUCCAGGCUGCACUGAUUAAAGCCGGCUUAGGCCGGGAUGUCAAGGCUACAAUUCCACUCAAUGCAGAUGUCUACGAAACAGAUGCCGGAGUUCCCUCUGGCGGAGAUUUUAGAGCUGAUAUCCGUGACCUCAUGAUAUCUAUCGUCAAAUUCCUAGAUAACAAUGGCGCGCCCUUCACGGUUAACAUUUACCCUUUUCUUAGCCUUUACGCCGAUUCCCAUUUUCCUGUUGAAUAUGCCUUCUUUGAUGGCACGUCUUCCCCUGUUGUGGAUGGCUCCAUCACUUAUACCAAUGUCUUUGAUGCCAAUUAUGACACCCUAGUUUCAGCCCUCGAAAAGAAUGGUUUCCCAUCAAUGCCGAUUAUCAUUGGAGAGGUUGGUUGGCCAACAGAUGGGGAUCCUAAUGCGAAAAUAGAAUUUGCACGCAGAUUCAAUCAAGGUCUGCUCAACCGUAUAAGUCGAGGCCAAGGCACCCCAAAAAGACCAAGCCCUCCAGACAUUUACUUCUUUUCUCUCAUUGAUGAAGAUGCUAAGAGCAUUGAUCCGGGCAACUUCGAGCGCCAUUGGGGCAUAUUUUAUUACGACGGUACCAUCAAAUAUACACUAAAUGUGGGAAAUAAUCGAAAUGUAACAGCUGCAAAGGGAGUGCGCUAUUUGGCAAGGAAAUGGUGCAUAAUGGCGCCUGAUGCCAAUACAAUGGAUCCCAAUUUUCCUCAGAGCAUUAAUUUUGCUUGCACCUAUGCAGAUUGCACAAGUCUUGGAUAUGGAUCCUCCUGUGGGGGACUUGACAUUAGGAACAACGCCUCGUAUGCCUUCAACAUGUAUUAUCAGACGAUGAAUCAGCAGAAAGGGGCAUGUGAUCAGUUCCACGGUUUGUCCGUAAUCACAAGAAUCGAUCCUUCAAAUCGAGGAAGUUCUUGUAAAUACGAGAUCAUGAUAGACACAGGUCGACAUGAAAAGGUUGAAAAUCCAGGAACAUCAUCAGCAGGAAAAAUGCAUAUUUCACUAGUCUUUGUAGCAUUUUUUGUGAUUCUCGAGGUUAAUUCGUUUUUGUUUCUGAUUCUGUGA